AUCGGUGAGGUCAGACACGCCGAGACCACACCUUCUACUUUUGUUCUCAAGACACUUUGAAGGCUUCCUCGUCCGAGGGAGAGAGCCCAAAGACUUCUUCAGUCCAUUUCUUGAAGAUAAGGAGCACCAAGAUGGGUUUCUUCGACUUCAAUCGUGUGGACGGCGGUCCGACACUUUACGCAUCCAACAAGACAGCAGUGACGGUGGACGUCCUGGAGAUCGGCUUCAUCUUCGCCAUCUGCAUCCUGGCGUUCUCCUUCCUUGUCAUCCUGCCGGGUGUCCGAGGCAUGCAGCGACUCUACUUUGCUCUGAAAGUGUUCUUCAGCAUCUUUGUCCUGGCUGUCAUCAUGUUGGGUAAUUUCGGUAUGGAGUGGGAGGUGUCGGAAGUGGAGACUGGCGUGCAGUACAAGGCCUUCCACAACGAGGAAAUCCACGCGACGAUCGGCGUCAAGAUCGGACUGAGGGCCGCCAACAUCACGCUGAAAGGUGACGGCAAACACCUGAACAGUGAGAAGAUUGACUACAACGAGCGGUUCUGGUGGGGAGGGGAGCGGCAGUGGACACAGGGUCGCAACUUCUUCGGACCAUUCGCUGGACUCGUGAACCGAGAGUUCCGCGAGGCACAGUUCAAGGGCCUGCCGUACCCCAUCCUGUGGAUCGCAGAGUACUUCACACUGGACGGAGAGAACAUCCGCUGGGGACGCAGCUACCGUCUGUCGGGAUUCUACGCACACAUCAUGCUGUGGACCGCCUUCCCUCUAUGGAUCCUCACCAACAUCCUGUUCUGCAUGUUCAUCCGGUACGGAGCCUACUUCAUGAUGCUGACGGGCGGGGUCAUGUUGCUGGGCAACAUCCUCUUUGCCGGGCUGCGGUUCGGACCAGAACUGAAGAUCCCCAUCGGGACGACGAUCAUGACGUUUCACUACGGCUGGUGCUUCUGGCUGACAUUGGCUGUGGGUUUGAUCUGCGUGAUUCUGGGCGCCAUCAUCCUUUUCAUCGACCUGCGUCUCCCCGACCUGACGGGAACGUUCUUCGGCGUGGAGUCGGACCCUGACGAGUACUACACCGUGGAGGGCGAGCUAACCACGGGUACAGUCGAUAUAAGCGAAGCCAGCCCCGAUGACAGCCCCAAGGAAGUUUCCCGACUUGUGCCUUCCAAGAAUGGGCCACCUACGGAUGAUAACGCCAUCUAUGAGAACUAUGAAAACCCGUACCGCAGACGCAUCAGUACCAGGGGAGUGUCGCGCUUCCAGAAGUCCCGCAAGAAGCCGGUGGCCGCACCACGCCGUCGCACUGCCAGGUCCACUCCCUCCUCAGGCCUGCACCCAGACAGUGCCAUCAGGGAGGAACCUGAGGCCGAGGCGGAUCAGGGCGGAAACGUCGCCAUCCAGAUGGAGGACAUCCAAGCACAAGCCUAGUCUGAACUGCUGUCACCGUGGUGUUCUUGGAGGAGUCACGAAUAUGCAAAUCAUAAAUAUGCAAAUCAUCAAUAUGCAAAUGUUUUACACAUUAGUGCAGCAGGUGACCAAUUGUAAUUUCCAAGCAGAUCCUACGGUGGAAUAAGAGCUUAGCCAGUAGAAGAGUUUCAUUUCAUCUUAUGCCACCGUAGGAUCUGCUUGGAGAUUAACAAAAUUGUGAGGUGUUGUGGCACUGCUGACUAAAAUGAAUCAAAAGUGUUCCUUUUUUACCUACCUUUGGAGGAAUAUGUUAAGUGUAAUCCAUUUCAAAUCUUCAAGUCAAUGUUUUUUUUUCUCUUUUUUUAUUUGAAUGAAGGCUUAGCCAACAUAACUUUUUGUAAGCAAGGACUUUUAUAUCGUUGAAUGUCACAAAUUUUAUGUGUUUUUGAAAAUGAUAUGCGACAUUUUACCACAAUAGUAAUACAUAUUUGGUCGGUUAACGGAGUAGAUGAAUAAGAUUAGGACUGUAGUUGAUCUAGUUUUGUACAGUAACGUUUCUUCGUGCUCUUACGCAACUAUUUGCACAAGAAGACAAAAAGACUGGAUAGCUAUGUCUAUGGUAGGUUUUGUAUACGAGGCUAGCUGUAUAUGUUACCCAAGGUAUUUGUUUUCAUGUAAACAGUUGCUUUAUUAUGGGUGGUUUAUCUGCAGUGUGAUGGUGAAGCGUAGGUUUUGAUACAAAUUACAUGUAUUUUACAAGUACCACUUGUACAUAUUGUUUAAUUGUAAAGCUUUUAAAUGUAGUAGGGACAUUUUUGUUUUAUCAACAUGAACUUGCAUGUAAUUUUUGAAAGAUUGGCUAUUCUUUCUGCAAUUGUUUUCAAUAUUUUUAUUUCUUAUAAGCUUUCUUGUUGUUUGUUGCAUCCUCCAGAGAUUCCUUAUACAAUGUAUGUAUGCAAAGGUUGCCUUGUACUUACUAGCAUAUACCAAGCAUUUCUAUGGUAUUCAACUUUGAAAUAUGAAGAAGACAAUCA